AUGAAGCUGUCUACCCUCCUUGUUAUCAUUCCCCUGGCUUCUGCCUUACCUCAGGCCCCGGCCGUCGACGUCCACGCCCUCGAAGCUAGAGACGCAUGCGGCGAUGCGCGAGACGACUGCCUCGUAAAAUGCAGACCCACCGGCCUAGCCUAUAUCUACUGCGUGAGCAGCUGCUUUACCAAGGCGUUGUGGUGCAAAGCGGACGAUUAA